GAGGGAAUAGGCGUCGAAGCUUUGAAUACACUGAAAGAAGGAAGUGGAGAGUAAAGGGUUGCAUGAUGUAGACUUCAUACAGGAAGGAGACAUAAAGAGACAACUACAACACAACAGACAGGGAGAAAUUUAUAAAACCACCCAUGACAGAAACAAUAACGACGGAAUGACAAAAUACGACGGACGAGGGGAGUCCAGGAAGUUUGACCCAAACUUCAAAGGGCCAAUUUACAACAGGGGCUGCACAGAUAUCCUCUGCUGUAUUCUCUUCAUCUUAGCCUUGUUCGGGUACUUUGCCGUGGGCAUCCUCGCCUGGUCUCAGGGUGACCCCAGGAAAGUGAUCUACCCCACAGACAGCAGGGGGCAGUUCUGUGGACAAGCUGGAACACCUCUGGAGAAGAAGCCUCUUCUGUUCUACUUCAACAUCUUGAAAUGUGCCAGUCCUCUGGUGCUGCUGGAGUUCCAGUGUCCCACCACACAGUUAUGUGUGGAAAGCUGUCCUGACAGGCAUUUGACAUUGGUGAAAGCCAAGCUAAACAGCAAAGAUCAUGAAUACUACAAACAAUACUGUAAGGAAGGAGUGGACUUUGCCAAAUUGAGUCCUCCUGAGAUUUUGAGGGAUAGUUUGUGUCCGGCCAUGCUGAUGCCCAGUAAACCCUUCACCCGUCGCUGCCUUCCUGCCCUGGGAACGAUGAAAGGCGGAGUGGUGGUGGUGGGCAAUGAGACCACUUUUGAUGACGGAGAAGGCACCACCGUCAAUGCCACAGAUGUGCUAGAAGCAUCCAAGAAGUCAAAUGUGGUUGUUGAAGCUCGCCAGGUGGCCAUGAGAAUCUUUGAGGACUACACGCAGUCUUGGCACUGGAUAUUACUUGGCUUGGUGAUCGCCAUGGUGGUCAGCUUGAUUUUCAUUGUCUUGCUGCGAUUCCUGGCUGGCAUCAUGGUCUGGGUCAUGAUUGUUUUGGUUAUUCUAGUCAUCGGAUAUGGGAUUUUCCACUGUUACAUGGAGUUUGCGAGUCUGAAGGGAGAGCCGGGUGCUGACGUUACCAUCCGUGACCUGGGCCUGCAGACGGACUUCUCUGUCUACCUGCAGAUCAGACAGACCUGGCUGGCCUUCAUGAUCAUCCUGGCUAUUGUGGAGGUCAUCAUCAUCCUGCUACUCAUCUUCCUCAGGAAGAGAAUCCUGAUUGCCAUCGCCCUCAUCAAAGAGGCCAGCAGAGCUGUUGGGCAUGUGAUGUCUUCACUGUUCUACCCACUGCUGACCUUUGCCCUCCUGGCCGUGGUGAUUGCUUACUGGGCCAUCACUGCUGUUUUCUUGUCCACCUCUAAUGAGCAGGUGUACAAAGUAUUCAACAACUCUGAGUGUGAGUACUCACGAGAGACCUGCGACCCCAAGACAUUCAACACCUCCAACAUUUCAACUCAGUGUCCUGAUGCAGAGUGCCUGUUUGCCUUCUAUGGUGGGGAGACCCUCUACCACAAAUACCUCAUCCUGUUCCAGUUCUACAAUGUCUUCCUCUUCUUCUGGUGCGCCAACUUUGUGACGGCCCUGGGCCAGGUCACUCUGUCGGGGGCCUUCGCCUCGUAUUACUGGGCCUUCAAGAAGCCUGAAGAUAUCCCUGCCUUCCCCAUCUUCGCCUCGCUGGGACGGGCUCUCCGAUACCACACAGGCUCCCUGGCUUUUGGCUCUCUGAUCUUGUCUAUGGUCCAGGUCAUCAGGGUCCUUCUGGAGUACCUCGAUCACAAGUUGAAAGGUGCUCAGAACAAGUUUGCUAAAUUCCUGCUGAGCUGCAUGAAGUGCUGCUUCUGGUGUCUGGAGAAAUGUAUCAAGUUCCUUAACAGAAAUGCCUACAUCAUGAUUGCCAUCUAUGGAAAAAGCUUCUGUCCCUCAGCUCGAGAUGCCUUUUUCCUUCUCAUGAGAAACAUCAUCAGGGUGGCUGUUUUAGAUAAAGUAACUGACUUCCUGUUGUUUCUUGGGAAGCUCCUCAUCGUUGGAAUUGUUGGGAUCUUCUCUUUCUUCUUCUUCUCUGGAAGAAUUAAAGCAGUGGAGGAGGCUGCUCCAUCUCUGAACUAUUACUGGGUGCCAAUACUGACGCUGGUAGUGGGAUCCUACCUCAUCGCCCAUGGCUUCUUCAGCGUGUACGCCAUGUGUGUGGACACACUGUUCCUCUGCUUCUGUGAGGACUUGGAAAGAAACAACGGCUCGUCUGAAAGGCCUUACUUCAUGUCCCCCGAGCUGCACGAAAUCCUCUCCAAAACAAAGAGGCUGGAGGAAAAUGGCGAUGCUGUUGAGCAGGCGGAUUCUGCCAAGCCGGCGGACGAGGUGAAGUUGGAGGAAGAGACCCCUCUUCAGCAGCAACAAGACGGAGAGAUCCAACUUAAACAGCAGACAGUGCUAAAGCAGGACAACGAAGAGGAGCAGCCUCUGCAGUCCAAAACGGAUGCCGAAGAGCCAAAAGAGGAGAAAAAAGAAGAAGAAAAAGUAAGCGAGGCAGAGGAUGCUGAAAAGAAAGAAGAACCGGAGGAAAGAGAAGAGGUGAAAGAAGCAGCAGAAAAGCAAGAGUUGAAACAGGAGGAAAAGCCUGAAGAGGUGUCGCCUCCUGCUGUGGAGGCUGAGAAAGAGGAGACUGGUGAAAAGAAAGAGGAGAAAGACGAAGAAAAUCCACCGUCUGCACCACAGGAGUAGACGUUAGCAGUAAUGUAAGGGCAAAAAUAAAAAAACAAGGUGUGGUAAACCUCAUAAAGCAUUAAGAAUGAAAAAACUGUACUGCAACUUUGUGAUAUGGACCUGUUAAAUGUACGGCAUACAACAAGCUAAAAUUUCAGAUCGCCUUGCUAUUUGAGUGGUGUGACGUCAAGCUGGAGAAGGUCGUGGAGGUCGUGAAGGUCGAAGCAGGUCAAAGCCCAGUGCAUCUCUGUAGCUUGAAAAAAUGCUCUGUUGUGUUGGUUUUAGAACAGUGUUGGUUUUUAUAUUGUGAAGAUCUGUAGAACUUUGUGAGUGCUAAACCUGUGCCUGAUUACUGUCACUAAUAGUUAUUGUCUUAAUCCUGUUAUGCACUACAGAACCACCAAGUACCGUGUUUACAGUCAGAACAAACACAUCUCAAUCGAUGGUGAAUCUCUUUCACUGUUUACAAUAAUACCAGCUGACGCCAAAAUGUUACAGACAUAUUUGAUAUACUGUAUGAAUAUUGGAUCUUUUUUCCGUUAUGGGACUUGUAUAUAUACAGUAGUGUAUGUCCAUUAUGUAUUUUUUGGCUUCAGUCUAGAUGGGAUCCCAUGUAUUGUAUUGCCACCUACUUGCCUUGGUAUUUCGGACUGGCGUAAGUGCUGUGAAUGUCUCGCCAUGACGCAGCCUUUGUGACCUCUCUGCAGACCCCAACAGUUGUUUACUGAUCCCACCUGCCUUGCCCUGUCCCUGUCCUCUCUCUGUCUCUCUGUCUUUCUAAGUGCUGCAUGGUGUUGACAUGGCCUUCUGAAUGCUCGCGGCUAACAUCUUAAGUCUCUGGAUGCUUUUGUACUUUUUUCCCCUGUUUGUCAACUUGUGAAAGAUGUAAGUUGAUUUUCCACUAAAAUUACUGAUGACAUUCCAUAUUUAUUGGAUGUAAAUCUUGAUUAAAGGUGAUUGUAUUUAAUCAUAGUAGUUCUGUUAUGGGUAAACACAUGAGUUUCAAGGUGGUUUGGAGUUUUGAAAACAGGUGAGUUUGCAUUUCCAACAAAGUCAGCCCGAACUUUGAUUUUGUCUUAAAGGGGCACUCCAACAGUUUUACAUGUUAAAUUCACUUUACUUGUAGAGUCCUACUCUUUUCUUAGGCUCUGGAGGAUGAAUUUUUUUACUCGUUGGGAUUGGGGGCUACACAUUUUCACCAUAAAGCCUGUGUUACAUACUGGGGCCCUAACAUUUUAAAGGAGUGUGCAUACAACAAGAUAACAAAAAGAUUUGCAUUAUGGGAAUUAUAGUAUCGUGAGUUUUAAGAACUUGAGCCAUCUUAGGGACUAAAAUCAGAAUAUCUUUGGCUCUACGACAUUGAUUUAGAGCAGUGGAUCCCAACAUUUUUGGCUUAUGAUGUUAAAUAAAGCAAUGUCAAUGUCCUAAUCUAAGGAUUUUUAGAUACCUGAAGAGGCAGUAUCCAGAAUAUUUGGAGUCCCUUCUAGAGGCCCAACCUGCAGAUUGGCAGUAGUAAAGUACCUUAAUGCCACCUGAAAACAUUGUUUUUGCUGACCUCUCGUGGUUUAUCUUAUCACCUUGCUGGAGGGAUGUUCAGGUUUUCUCCAGGACUCUGUGACUCUGUUGUGUGUGGUUACGAGCAGAACAAAGCACACUUCAAACCACACCCAACAGACUUGAAAUUUUCAGGAAGAAAUCAAAACACUGCUUUCAGCCUGGUGUUCAGUUACUCUUCAACUGUUUCCCUUACCUCAUGGAAGUGCAGUAUUAAAUUACUGGAGUGCCCCUUUAAUUCUUAACCAGCUGAUAGGCAAAACAUAUAUCAUGCACCGACUUUCUAAAUAAUAGAUGGUCAAUGCAUGAAUACAAGAACAGUUAAAAUUACUUAGUGUUAGCAUGCUGUUGAUAAAAUGUUGUUUAACUGCUUUUGUUCAUG